UCUCAGCUGGAGUCACUGCGCAUGCGCCGCUUUCCCGCGCCCGCGCCUGCCUCCGGCCCGGUGUGAUGUGUGAGCUAUAACUGGACACACGGGUGGUCUCUCUUCCCCGCUGGCGACCCGUAGCAUGUGGCCCUUUGACCCGCCGAGGCGGGGUGAGAGGUCGGGUGGCCAUCUUGUGGCAGCGGUGGCGGUUUGUUGCUGGUGAGGCCCCGCCGCGCCCCCUCCCCCUCCCCCGGGCUGAGCAGGCCCCGGGGCCGGGCCGGGCCGGGCGGCGCCAUGUCCUCCUUCUCGGAGUCGGCCCUGGAGAAGAAGCUCUCGGAGCUGAGCAACUCCCAGCAGAGCGUCCAGACCCUGUCGCUGUGGCUCAUCCACCACCGCAAGCACGCAGGGCCCAUCGUCUCCGUGUGGCACCGGGAGCUCCGCAAAGCAAAAUCAAGUAGGAAGCUUACAUUUCUAUAUUUGGCGAACGAUGUCAUCCAGAACAGUAAAAGGAAGGGUCCUGAAUUCACAAGGGAGUUUGAAUCUGUUCUUGUGGAUGCUUUUUCUCAUGUUGCCAGAGAGGCAGAUGAAGGCUGCAAAAAGCCCUUGGAGCGAUUGCUUAAUAUCUGGCAAGAAAGGAGCGUGUAUGGCAGCGAGUUCAUACAACAGCUGAAACUUUCUAUGGAGGACACCAGUAGUCCUCCACCAAAAGUUACAGAGGAGAAAAAGUCCUUGAAGCGGACAUUUCAGCAGAUACAGGAGGAAGAAGAUGAGGAUUACCCUGGGAGCUACUCGCCUCAGGACCCCAGCACUGGGCCAUUACUGCUUACAAGGAAGUAUGUAUGUCAAGCAGACAGUGAACAUCCUUUGGUUCUUCAAGCCAGCAUAAACAUUGAAAAGACUGAGGACUUGAUCAAAGCCUUGCAGGACCUGGAAAAUGCAGCAUCAGGAGAUGCCACAGUGCGGCAGAAAAUUGCCUCACUGCCACAGGAAGUUCAAGAUGUGUCUCUGCUGGAGAAAAUUACAGACAAAGAGGCAGCAGAACGUCUUUCGAAAACGGUGGAUGAAGCAUGUUUGUUACUAGCAGAGUAUAAUGGGCGGCUGGCAGCAGAGUUGGAAGACCGACGCCAGCUGGCGCGCAUGCUGAUUGAGUACACCCAGAACCAGAAGGAUGUAUUGACAGAGAAAGAAAAAAAGUUAGAAUUGUACCUGAGGAGGGACAUGCUUUCUGUAAACCUACCAUCAUACUACAGCAUGUUAAAAAGGAGUAUAAACAGAAGCUUGCUCGGGUAACCCAGGUCCGCAAGGAGUUGAAAUCUCACAUCCAGAGCCUUCCAGAUCUGUCGCUGCUGCCCAAUGUAACAGGAGGCCUGGCACCUUUGCCAUCUGCUGGUGAUCUGUUUUCAACUGACUAGAACUAAUGGUGCCCGCAUUUACUACUUCCCCUUAGUACCAGCAGAAAUAAGAAAACUCUCAUGUUGACUGGAAAUCCAGUCUUCCAAUGAUCUACCAUAGGAAUGAACAUACAGACCCUACUUUCAACUUACCAGCUGCACAUGCGUGCUCUCUGUGUACAGUGUCUCACGUUGAGGGGAAGAUGGAGAGUAUGUAUGUCCAUGUUCUGAAGGGAGUGGGUAUAGAGUCCAUAUAUAUUUUGAAAAGAAACUUUUCUCACCUUUUCUCUACUCAGAUUAGUUUCUGUUUGCUCUUAGCACUUGUUACUCCCGCAGAAGUCAUAAGAAUCAUGUACAUAUACCUUGAAAGUUUUUUCAAAGAAAUGUUGUGUUUUUCUCUCUAAAAGUGUCUGAUUAUUUCUGAAUCUGUUUUGUCUGUGUUAGUUGGGUUUCUGAUGUUCAAAUCUAUAAGCAGUAGAGUGGCUAGCGUGCUUUAUGGGGGUGUAUGCAUGUGUGUACUGUACCAUACUGGGAUCGGGGGGACAUGUCCAUAGAGCAACAGUACAGUUAACCUUUUGUUAAAUUUAUAGUUGCUGUUACUGUUGUAGGAAUGACCUCAAGGUGGUUCCUAUCUGGUGUGGUGCAUAUGUAUAUACUUUGAGACACGCGCUAUGGGCAAUAGAAAUGAACAGCUUGUUGUUGUGAAUUAGGGAUAACUUCAUAACUUACACUCAGCUGAGCAAUGCAGAACUGGUUACUAGACAUGAGUAGAAGUGAAUUUUAUUCCGACUCCCUUGUAUUAUAUUUAUACCACAUUUUCCCUCUGUAUUAUAUAAAUGUAAAUGCUACAGACAUUUAACUAGCCAAGAGGUUGGAGUGGUGGAAUAAAGCUAGUGAUAUCUCAGAUAGGUACUGUAACUUGCUUUGUGACCUUGAGAAUGGCUAUAUUGAAAAUUUUGUUCUAUGAAUUUUGUCUCCUUAGUUUAAAUAAGUGAAUUUUAUUUGAUGGACUGAAGUUAAAUGUGGUAUAAAUAUUUUAUUUAUACAACGUAUCAACAUAUACAGACCUGUAUGUAUAUGUAUGCCAUACAUCAAUAUACAUGUGCAUGUAUACAUUGGGAGGAUGUAUGUAAUUUCGUAUUGCACAUUGAGUCGAUUUUUCCCAGUAAAAAUCGAAAAAUGAAUUUAAAAAGUACUAAUUCUAAUUCCAUGAUCGUGCUAGCUAAUGGUAUAACUACCAUGGAUGUAGUUAGGUUUAAAUUUUUGUGUAUUAGUUUUAGCAAGCAGGCCUGCCUGCUCAUUGCAAACCAUUCCAAUCUGGCAAUUUUGUUUUAAUGUAAACACUUCUUGCUAAGGGCACGUCUUCACUAGCAAUGCGGCAGUGCUUUAACCUGGCUGUGUAGUCGUGGCACCAGUGCUGGUGCACUGUCUGUCCAAGCGCUAUAAAAAACCCACCUCCACAAGUGGAGUAACUCCCAGCGCUGGGGCACGGUCUACACUUCCACUUUGAAGCGCUGAAACUUGCAGCGCUCGGGGUGUGUGUUUUCACACCCCUGAGCGAGAGCGUUGCAGCGCUGUAAAGUGCCAUUGUAGACAAGGCCUAAGACUUACAAGCUGCUGGAAACACUUGAUUAGAUAAUAUAGGUUCUGUAUUACAAAGGCUGAAACCAGUAAGGCAGAGUGAUGUGCUUUGUUGGUGCCUCACUGUGGUCUUAAGCUGCUCUUUUCAAAGACAUGAGAGGAAGCCUAUAGAAAUAUGAAGCUUGUUCUGUGUGCUCAUUAACUUAUUUUACAGGGAAUAUAAUGGCUAAUUCAGCAUUCAGUGAAACCGAAUAAACUAGCAUGUCUGGUCAUUUAGUUUGUGAAAAGUUCCUGCACUUCAUUUUGGCCCUUUUAUUCUUGCCUCCUUACUGCCCACCUGUGGAAUCUGUUUUCCCCUUGUUGUAGAGGAGAAUUCCUGGGGGCAGCAGUACAUUCUUCCAUGAAUUGAUGUGAUUGGAGAGCCCUUUAGCUAAAUGUUUGGACCAUAAAGUGUUCUACACUCUCUGCUUUUGCCAAAAAAAACAAAACAAAAGAAAACCCCAAACUCUUAAACACAAACCAAAAGAUGCGUUUCUGUUGUGCCCCAGCUCAGUUUAGUUAAUCCCAGGCUGUAUUUUAUUUAAACAGUAACUAUUCUUGACCUGUAAUUUGGCUGCAUAACCAUUACAGGACAAAAAUGAAGCAAAACUGUCAUAGAAAUUAUGUAGACAAAUGAGUGUUGGCAUCUCAAACUGCUAUUUUGGAUGGAUUUUGUGUGAGAAAGUUGUAUGUUUGUUUUUUAAAUUGAAAUGCUUUGAUUUUUCCAAAAAAUGUGUGUGUUUUACUUUAUUUUGCUUAAUUUAAAUAGUCUUGUGGUUUUUAUUGGGGGGGGGGGGAGGGGGAAAGGAUGCCUGGUGAACUGGGUGCAACUUCAUCAAACAGUUUCCCCAAAGUGUCUCUUAAAAAAAAAAAAAAAAGGCUUAAAUCUGUAUAUGAAUUGAUCUAGGAAUUCAUUUAGAAGUAUAGGCUGCCAUUUUGGCAGCAGUAUAUUCUGAAAUGUCUCAGAUAUCUAUUUUUGAAUAAAGAGGGUGUUGUUGAAUGGUA